AUGAACAGAGCAAGUCGCCAUUCUCCGCGCUAUCAAAAUUUAAAUGAUAAUAAAAAAUAAAUAUAGCAACUUAAUGAAUUGGCAAUAAGCUAGUCCCAUAGAAUUAAUGAUUUUGAAAGAAAACUAAAAAACAUGCUAAAAAAAUUAAAUGAUUCUCAAAGCUUUCAAGUAGAUUAAAAUUCUAAUCAAAUUUCUGAGCUAGAAGAUGAAAAGGAAGAUUCAUAGCUGAAUUUAUUUCUUCCAGAUUGUAUUUUUAAGAAAACUGAUUGCGGGCAAAUAUUUGAUUAAAAAGAAAAUUAGGAUUAAUAAUUGAAUGUUAUGAGCAAUAAUGAAGAGUAGUUUUUUGUUGUAGGUUAAAAACCAUACUCUGAAUAAAAAUAAGAAAUUAAUUGUUAAAAUUCACAUCAAGAUAAAGUCUAGCAUACAUAUUUAUAAUAAAAUUAAAAUAAUGAGGGUAAAGAAUUCUUUAAGGCAGAAAUUUAGUUGAAUGAAUUGAGCUUUUAAAAUUAAUAUGAAAAUUUGGAAGAGUUCAAUGAAAUUUUAAUUUAUCAAGAAGAAAGUAAACCAUAAAGUGAUGAAAAAUAACUGAGCCAAGAAUGCAGAGAAAUCGACAAUCAGAAUAAUUAAACUGAUGAGAUACAAAAUUAAGUUUAGCUUAAUUAAAGAAAGGAAAACCAAGGAUAGGAGAAUAAACUUUAGAAUUUUCUUCUUAAAAUAACAAAGUUAUUAUAGGAUAAAGACUAAAAAAUAAUUAAACUGUUAAACAAGGAGCUAAUUCAAGAAAAUAUCUUAUAAAACAUAGUGGAAAAUGAAAUAGAAAAAUUAAAUGUUCAAUUCAAUAAAAUGUCUUAAAAAUAAGGUUAACAACUUAAAAAAUUGGAAAUGUAAUUGCAAAUUAUAAUGUCAGAAAAAAUUGAUUAAAUUAUGGCAAUGGUACGCUAAAUUUUCAGAAUUAACCAUUAGAGCAAAGAUGAAGACUUAAUAGAUAAUUUGGUUGUUAGAAAGGGAUCUAUUAAUUAUUAACAGAUUGAAGAAUAUAAGGUAAAAUAGUAUGAAUUAUAAUAUGAACUGGAAGAGUCAAGUUAAAAGAAUGAUGCUCAGAUUAAAUACGAACCAAGUAAUAAUUGGGAUUAGAAUAGUAAUAUUAGUGAUAUUGUAAAUAAAUCUAUACACAAAAUAAAUGAUUAAUCUCUCUCAUAAAAUGAUGAAAAAGAUAAUAAUAUUUAAAACUUUUUAAAUUCUAUAGCCAGUCUUUAAUAAUAAAAUAUUUAGUAAGGGGAAGGACUUAUAAUUAAUCAAAAACAUAGAAAAUCAAUUUCAGACUAAUUCAAUAAUCAAAAAGAAAAUAUAAUUCAAUAAAAAGAAGUUAAUAUGCUAGAUACAGAAUAAGAAAAAUAUAAUGGUGUUAACUAAACAUUCAACGAAAUAAAUUAAUCUAUGAAUAAAAGCGAAUAAUUAUAAUUAGAAAUCUUAAUUAAUGAGAAAUAAAAUUUCGUGAAUAAUUUUUUAAUAGAUCUUGAAGAAAGAAACAAAAUAGAAAUUCAAUUUGAAUAAGAUGAAAAAAUAUAAGAUUUAAUUAUAAAAAUUAAGGAAAUAUAAAAACACUAAAUAAAUAAUAAUGUUGUAGAAUACAUUAAUUAUAAGUUAAAUAAAUUAAUAAGAUCUAAUUUAUAAUAAUAAUAAUAAGAAUAAUUGGGGAAAAAUAUCUUAAUAGAAAAAGAUAAUGAAUUAACAGAAAUAAUAUAGGAAAAAAACUAAAAUAAAGAAAAUCAAGAAGAAAUUAAAGGAAAUUAGGUAGAAGAAGAUGUUAAACAAUUAUUAAUAUAUUAAAAUAAAUAAAAUAAGUAAGAAGUAAAAUUAGAGGAAAAGGAUAAGGAAAAAGGAAAUUUAAUAAAUUAAAUAAAUUAAGAAUAGAAAAAAAUUA